CUCCUCUCGAGACAGAAGAAGCACGAUGAUUGAUCUCUCCCUGCUCUUAGAUGGUUUUGACGAAAGCCUCGCCAACAGUCUCGAUGAUUCUGGCAAGUACGAUGUGACGAUACGACUUCUCUGCUCAACAGUACGAAGAUACAACAACAUUUACAGAGAACUUGAGCGCCUUAAAGAGUCAACAGGCUUUAACAAGCCAUUUCCGAUCCUGCGCCUCCCUCGAGAGAUUCGCGACAAGAUAUACACCUACAGUCUGCGCGCCGCAAUCUCAGUUGACGUAAUACCGCGAUUGUCUUACAUUCACACCGCUGAUAAUCCCUUUAAGCCUCCAACAUCAGGCCUACUCCGCGUGAAUAAGCAGGUCUAUCACGAAGCCAUUGAAAUAUUAUAUUCAAAGAAUAUUUUCAGGUUCCAGAAGCCGGGACAGCUAUUUGCUUUUGAACAACAGAUCGGGUUGGAGAGUCUCAAGCGAGUGAGGAGUAUAUGUAUUUGGAUCAGAUUCCCUAUGGAAGACGAAGCAGUCCCGGACCCGAGAUACUUGCCGCGAUCGGAAUACGAUAGCGUCCCAUCUCAUUGGACCGCGGCUUUGAAGGCAUGUGGUCUAAAGCAAAUCGUGCAUCUAUAUAUUGAGGCGGAGAUGAUCCUGUCUCCUCCAUUGUCUUUGCUUCCUAUGCCUAAGGACCUGCAGGUAUGCAUUGAGGAAUUUCUUGGAAGGGUGGCAGACAAUAAAGUCCCACACCUUUCGCUAAAGGGAUUCAGGGAGGAGGAAAGGGAGAAAUUUCCUAAGAGGUGGGAGGUUGUAAUGGAUCAGUGGGAUGACUACAAGGAAGAAUUUGAAGCAUUGCAGAGGGAAUUGGAGGAAUUAGAGGCAUGUUCUGACACGCAAUGGAAUUUCAGUCCUGGGACUUUUGAAGGAGAGGGGUUGGAUGAUGAACAACAAAUGCCCUAGCCUUGCUUGCCAACAUAUUUACACCCUGUAGUUCCUAGUACCGCAGGU